AUGGUCGAAGUUUCGCUUACUGUCGGCAAAUUGGACGCCUCUCUGGCGCUGCUGCUCACCAAGGACCACCAUCUCAUCGAAUUCCCCACAAUUCUGCUUCCCGACGACGCCGAGGCCGGCUCGGUGGUGAAGAUCACCUGUGAGAAGGACUCUGGAGCGGAGAAGGAGGAAGAAGACAGCUUUCAGAGCCUGCAAAAGGAGCUGCUGGAAACGUACGGCACGGAGCAGCCCAAGGCGCCAGUUCUGAGCGCGAAAAACAUCACCCAGACGUCUGUGGUGCUGGAAUGGGAGCCUAUUGAAAUCGCCCAGGCCGAUAUCAAGAAACUGGUGCUGCUUCGAGAUGGCGUUUGGUGCGGCCACAUUCCCAACCCACUGGUGCGAACCGCCACCAAGCUGUCUGGCUUUGGAGUCGAGAAGAAGUACACCUUCCAGCUGGUUUUGUACACCACAGCAGGCACCUACGAGUCAAAUCUGCUGGAAAUUGAGACCCAUAGCAUGACCGACCUGCGAGGUAUCACUGUGUGCUUGGGCGAAAUCGAUCCCAACAUGACAACGGUCACCGAGUCUGAAAUCUCCGAGUCUCUGGAGGACAUUCACGCCAAGCCUCUGCAAAAUGAAGUCAAGCUCGAUACCACCCAUUUCGUGUGCACCAAGCCCCAGGGAGCCCAAUGGGAGAAGGCCGUCGACAUGAACAUUCCUGUUGUUUUGCCUGAGUGGCUCCGAGCCUGCAAAAUGGACAAGAAGAUGGUCAACGUCAGAAACUUCUACCUGGACUCUGAUCCCAAGCACAGAUCCCAGUACAAACGAGCUCCUGGCGCCCCCGCCUCUCCUUCCAUUCACCAGGCUGAGUCCAUCAGGUCCACUGAGCCUGCUGCUUCUGCUCCUGAGUCUGCUCCUGUUGAGUCUGCUCCAGUCGAAUCUACUUCUGUCGAGUCUACUUCUGUCGAAUCUACUCCUGCUGCUGCUGCGCCUGUCGAGUCCACUGCUACCAAUUCCUAUCUUGAGAGAUCCAACACUCGACAUUCCAUCUUCACCGAGGGCGCUACCGAGGCCGAGGAGGUGGACGAGGACCCUCUCAACGUUGAGCUCGAAAAGGAGGUUGCCGCCAACGACGCUGAAGUCGAGGCUGCCUCCGAGUCAAUGGCCGAGGUCGAUCUAGAUGGUCCCAGUGGAGAGCCUGACCCAGACACCGUCGAGGAGAUUGCCGUUACCGAGUCUGAUCCUGUUGUCGUUGCCGAACCCGAACCUGAACCCGAAGUUGAGGCCGAGACCAAGGCCGAGGACAAGGUCAAGGAGCCAGAAGAAGCAGUUACCACUGAUGCCAUUGAGCCCGAGACCAAGACUGUAAUUGACCUCACUGGAGAUGACAAGCCCACCGAGCCUGAGACUGAGCCUGAGCCUGAGCCUGAAUCUGAGAACCAGACUGAACCUGAAUCCAAAACUACACCCGCCGAAGAGACUAAACCCGAGCCUGAAACCGUCAAGUCACCCUCUCAACUCGCUGACGAAUUUGCCGAAGUGUCUCUGGAAGACUCAAAGUCGCCUGAGGACAGCACUGCUGAGGGAGGCAACAAGGAGGACGAUGAUGAUGGAGAUGAGGACGGGGACGAGGAAGAGGAAGUGGACGAUAAACAGGAGGACUCGAAGCCCGCAGCUGCAUCUGGCAAGAAGAACAAGAAGAAGAACAAGAAGAAGGGCAAGAAGUAG